AAUAAUUGUGUUUAGAAAAAAUUUUGUACUUAAAUUGUCUUUAAAUUUUGGAAAAAAGAACUGAAAAAGUGUAAUCAAUAAAGAUGGCGGCUGACGGUGACGAGUAUUUAAAUGGCCUUAAUGUGAUAUGGCGUACGUGUAGAAAAUAUCAAUCUGCCCUCUCUCGCUAUAAUAUCAAAUUGCGCGAACAGUUUUGUGAAUAUGAUCCUCAAGGAAUCGGUUUAAUUCAAAAAUCACUGUUUACUGCUAUUUUGGCUAAUUAUCAAGACGAAGUUGGAUUAUCUACACACGAAAUAAAUGAAGUAACCGAUUAUUUUCAAUUGCGCGAUGGACGUGUUGCCUAUGGCGAAUUCUGUAAAUUAAUCCGUGAGAAACCUGCACCCAACGAUGACCCAUAUUCAUUGGGUGCUGAACUGAAUGAUCCUAUGCAUGUUAAUAUAAUUGCACAUCCAGAAGAACGUCGUCGCUUAUUUAUACUGCUUGCCAAAAUUGCACGAAUUAAUCAUUUACCUCUGGAACCAUACUUUCAAGAUUAUCUAUAUAUAUCAAAGUCCUUUGGCCUUGUUACUCUUCCACACUUUCGCCGAGUUCUAACGUUUAUGAAAAUUCCGUUAAACAAUGAUGAGUAUAUCCUACUUUCGAAACGUUAUUUGAAGGAUUCUUAUCUCUUUAACUAUGCAGCAUUUAUAACACACAUUCAAAACAUCCAAAAGUACCUGAAAGAUGAAGGAUUAUUGAAUACUAAUAAUGCAAUUAUAAAUUUUCCGGGAAAACUAGUGGACCUUGAUUUGCCUGAAUUACCCACAUUCGAUAGUGAUAAAAUUUUGCCAAAUGUGUUUGCUGACACCUGCAAUCACAAAAAAGAGAAAGAUAUAUGUCAUGUAAUUAUAUUUUUGCAAAAGAAUAUUUUCGAAAGACGUAUCAGAGUACGAGAAUUUUUGGAACCAUUUGAUUUACUACGCACUGGCAAUAUAACAAUGAAUCAAUUUGAACGUGGUAUCCAUAGUAUGGGUAUUGGUAAUUUAAUAACUCAACCUGAGUUCCGUAAACUCUGUGAACGUUAUAAAGAUCCAGUUGAUUCAUCGCGUAUUAGAUGGCUAGAAUUUGAAGAUGAAAUGGAUGAAGCUUUUACAAUUAAGAACCUUGAUAAAAAUCCUUUGAUUGAAGUUGAGUCCCCACCGAAAUACCUCACGGAAAUGCCAAGAGAAGGUGAAAUGAAUUGGAGUGAAGCCUCGCCUGCUGUACGCGAUCAUUGUGAAGAAGCUUUAAGACGUGUACAAGUGAUAAUUCAAAAUCGUCGAAUACAUAUGCAUCCAAUGUUUCGAACCUAUGAUAAAUUACGUUCAGGUCAUGUAAACUGCAAGCAAUUCAUUCAGAUACUUGUUACGAAUGGAGUUUUACUAUCAAGAGAUGAGAUAAAUGCACUGAAAGAUCGUUAUGGAAAUGAACUUGGUUUUAAUUAUGGCGAAUUCCUUUAUGAUGCCGAUCCUGCUAUAUAUGCUGUACCACAACUGACUUCUAGACCAAAAUUAACCUGUGCUCAAAAUGCGGAAGAUGAGCUUGACUUUGAAGGUGAAAAAGAUCCUAAUAACCGUGAUUAUAUUGUGUACAUUUUGUCCAAGGCUAAGCGUAUAGUUACUACGAAUAGCAUACCAUUAAUUAAUUUUCUGCAAGACUUUGAUCGCCAUCGUGAAGGUGAAAUAUUGGAAGUAGAUUUUCGACGUGCUCUUGAUAAUGCGAACGUUAAAAUGUUACCUAAAGAAGUGGAUGUUAUAUGUAACAGUUUUCGUUCAGUCAAAAGAUCCUGCAGCGUUGCAUAUCGUAACUUUAUGAAGGCAUUGGAAGAAGUGUUCAUUUUGAUAGAGUCUCCUAACUCCAACGCUGAUCCUCUGCCCAUUAAGCACUUUGCGAAUUUGGAUUGCCAUGACUGCAACCUGAACUUUGAAGAGCGUACACUUUGCAGUCACGCAUUGAUGAAAUACGCUCGUUACGCGGAUAAUAUAUCUAAUUUGAGUGCAGUGCUGAAAGAUUUCGAUCAUCCAAAUAUCGGUGUCAUUUCUCGUAAUCAGUUAUUGCGUGGAUUGACAAUACGUGAUAUGCACCAUUUGGCAAGUGGUCGGGAAUUCGAUGCUGUAUGCAAAUGCUUUGGUGUUCAAAGAGGUACUACCUUUGACUUUAAUUAUCGUGCUUUCAUGAACAUCUUGAAUACUCUACACGAAACUGGUCAAAUAAAACGCCAUUAUUAAAUUUUUCAUAUACACUUUCAAAAUUCUCUGUUAAAAUUCUUUGGAUUAAAAAUUUUAGUGUAUAGU